UAAACGUAAUUAGUUGGUUACAGCAUCUCUCCUUGCCAGAUAAAAAUGGCCCAGAUUGAACUAUCUGUGUAUGUAAAAGCACCAGAGUCUCCCGAGUGAAAUGCUGAAGGCGGAGCUGUAAUCUUCGGUUUCUCCAUCCUCAAAAAUGUUGCGCUUUACCGCAAGAGGGUCGUAUCCAAUUACGUAGUCCUUCUCCGGAGGGAGACAUACGAGAAAAACCUCGUUUGCCACGAAUUCCCUCAACUGAAAUAAGGGAACGCUCGAUAGCUGUCUUUCUUUUCUCGAGUAUUGCAUGAAAUGUUUCUAUUUCAUCAAGGGAUUCUCCUUCAGUGGAAUCAGGAGUGUGAAAUGACGAUUGCAUCACAAUCCGGCCGAACUGGCUUUUCUAAUCUUAAUCUCAAGAAUGAUCGACAACACUGAGCCAAGAAGAAGCAGUUCAAUCAUGCCCUCAAUACAGAAGAACCCUAUGGGCGUUGGUGAGUGAAGAAGGCAGGACAUCUCGCAGCCUUGAAGGAGGCUGGUGGCGUUUCCCUUGAACACAACUCGGAUCGUGUGUUUGGACUCCGCAGCAGUCCGCAGUUCACCUCUUGGUUCUAGAUGGAGGACUCUGUCUGUUUGUGAGCCUGACCCAACGUCCUGACGGGAGCACUGUCUGAGGAAGAGUAAACAUGUCCCUCUCAACGGUGCUGGCGAAGGCCCUGUUUGACAAUGCAGCAGAGAGCCCUGAGGAGCUGGCCUUCCGGAAGGGGGACAUCCUGAUGGUUCUAGAACAGGAGCAGGGAGGGGGUCCUGGCUGGUGGCUCUGCUCCCUCCAUGGGCGCCAGGGCAUCGCCCCCGCCAACCGCCUCCGCCUCCUCCACACCACCCCGGGGUCUGACCCCCAACCCCCUAGCCGCGCCCCCAGCGAAGACUCUGUGUACCUCUCCCCUGGCCCGCUGGCCCGCACAGCAGUCUCCACGGAGGACAUAGACGGCGUCUACCGCACCCCACCUAGCCUGGGGGAGGCCCUGUACCAGAGCCCAGGGGCGGUGCCUGUUGCCUCUAGACCAGGGGUCCUCCGACAGGCCGAGGUAGGGGGUCGCCCACGCUCCCGCUCCAGCUCUGGCACACGCCCCCUACCCGAAUGGGACGGGGGGGUGACGGGGCGCCCGCGCUCGCCUUCCCUCCGAGGCAGAGAUGUAGACUCAGCCGGGACUCUUUACCAGACCCCCUCCACCCCCACACUUCUUGGGCCCCAGCACCACAGAUCACCAGGGGGUCUGACUGGAGUCCCUGGCCCAGAGAAUGUCUAUCUGGCCCCCAGUGGGAUGCCCCGAGCUGUGGGUCUAGCUCCAGAAGGGCCAGAGGACAACACCUACCUUGUCCCCAGGGAGACUGUAGCGGCUGCAGGCCACUCUGACAGCUGUUACCUGGUCCCCAGAGGUACUGUACUGCCCAGCGAGGAGUUCUACCAGACCCCCACAGGAGGGGCAGCAGGGGUGGCCGUGGGGACCCAGGUUACCCCCAUCGCUACCAGGAUCCUGGAGACUCAGAGCCUCACCCCUUCACAGGUCAACGGGGACAGGGGGGCCCCCCUCAAGCCCCUCACCCCUCAUUCCAAACUGGCACAGGGCACCCCUGGGAUGAUGUACCAGACCCCCACCCAUGUGGGAGCAGGGAUUCUCAGGACUCCACCCGUCCCUGCACUGGGAUCCCCCAAACCUCAGCUGAAAGGCGUGAUCCCAAUAACCCCCAGAGGUCAGAGUGGUGUGCCCUCCACCCCUCCCAUCGCCAGGGGGAAGCUAGCUCCGGCUACCCCCGUCAGGGGGUCCCCCUUGCUGGCCAGACCAGGACAGGGACAAGGCAGAGUGCCCAGGUCACCAAACUUUGCCCGUAAGCCACCUCCUCCAGCCCCUCCAGUGAGGGGUGUCACCAGAAAAGACUUGCCCCAGCCUGGAACCCCUGUGUCCACCUCUAAGCCUGCCAUCUCCACCCCCCAGUCGACUCCUGUACCCUUGCAGCAGGAGAGCAAGGAUGGGAGGAUGACAUCGGAUGAAAAGAAGAAGAAUGGGCAGAAUAAGAAAGGAGAGGGCAGAGAGUAUGCAGAUCCUGAUGACGAGAACCUUGAUGAACAGGUGUAUGAUACUCCUCCCAGCAGUAGGUGGCAUCGGCAAGCCCCAGCAGUGCUGUGUGACGACGAGAACAUCUACAACACCCCCCGCUCCCUCCCCCCACACACUGACCUAGAGUCAGAGGUGUACAAUGUUCCCACUAUAAUACUGAGCACUUCAUCAGACCCCCAGCAGCAGACCUACAACGUCCAAGCGUCUGUUACAACUGCUGAAUCAGAGGAGGACGUUUACAGCGUUCCCUCCCUUCCUGGCUUACCCCUGGCCCCGGGGGACAUGUCCACCAUCAUCCCCCUGGAGGAGACGGAGCACGGCCAAGUCUACUCUGUCCUCGGCCAAGGGAAGAGAGCGCCGCUGGGGCUGGGUGAGGGCAGCGACUUGGGCUCCACCUCCGAGCCGGACUGUGGCAUCUACAACAUGCCUGCUCUCACACUUGACGUCUUGCCCUCUUCGGCGAUGUCAACGUCGUCUUCCACACAUAGGUUAUCUGUAUCCAGUAAUGGGUCUGGUGACAUCCAAUGGAGAUCCUCGCUUUCCAGUCUUGUCCAAUCGGUGCUGAGCACUGCCUCGGGUGCACCCGCCUCCUCAAGGGACCUGGCUACCUCAUUGGCUGAGAUCCUGUCCGUCUGGAAGUUGAGUCAACCCAGCGAGGUCCCUCCCUCUCUCCAACUGGCUUGGGCCCGCCUCUCAGAUCUACUUCCUGCUUUGUCUUCCUGUGGCCACGCCCCUCCGUCAGACACCCUGCUCUCUAUGGUCCAACGGGCGCUGGAGGACUCCACCAUCCUGUUACAGACGCAGGGGCGGCCCCGCCUCCCUUCCCAGGACUCCCUGUCCCGGAGACCCCUACCAGCCCUUCCCGUAGCGGAGAUCAAACCCGUAGGGAGUGGUAUGGGACCACGCAAGAGUAGCUGGAUCCAGGAAAGGCCCUUACCCCCGACCCCGCAGCCAGCGUUCCCCCUGCCCCUCGCACAACCCUCCAUGACCAUGUCCAUCACGGUAGGGCAGAGCGAUGGAGAGGAAGAGAUGGGGAACGAGUACGCUGGGAUAGGUCUGACUCCCGCCCCGGCACCACUUCCUGUUGGAGACAGUGUGGGAUACGUGAAGCUGCAGGGAAAGCUAGAGCCUCCCUCAGAUGUCCAGACGGAGAAUGUGUCAAACCAGACUGUCCACACCACAGAGCCUAGGUUGAGCCCCUCCCCUCCUCUGCCCAUCUCUCUCUCUCUGGAGGACUCUGAGCUGCUGUCCUUCUACUCGUCUCAGAGCCUGUCCCACCUCUCCUGUCUGGCCGACUCCAUCGACGUGCUCUUCAACAGUGUGCAGGGGAACCAGCCUCCCCGCGUCUUCGUUUCCCGGGGGAAGAGUUUGAUCGUGACGGCGCACAAGCUGGUGUUCAUCGGGGACACGCUCUCCCGCCUCCUGACCUCUCCUGACCUCCGAGCAAAGGUCACAACCUCAGGGGGGCGUCUGUGUCAGGCCCUGAAGGCUGUCGUCGUGGCUACAAAGGGGGCAGCACAAAACUAUCCAUCGGUCUCUGCCACCCAGGAAAUGGUGGACCGCGUGGCAGAGCUGUCCCAGCAUGCCGCAGGAUUCUCCAGCCUGCUAAAGCGCCUCGCAGAGAUAUCUUGACAAUAUUUCUUCAACUUCUCUUCUUGAAAUGCCUUAGUCCAGGGUUUCCCGAGGACCGAGUUUGGGAAAUGCUGCCUUAAUAGUUGUUUCAAUGUGUGGUCUUUUUAAUUGAAUGGUUUGACGUUGGAAGUAAGUGACUUGGAAUCAUUGAUUAUCAGUGCUGAAGAAGAACUGAGAUCUGUGCCUCAAAUUUGUCAUUGAGUUAGAUUUUGUGUGUGUUGGUUGGGCUUUGUUUUUAUACUUAUUGACUUCUGUGCUCUUAGUGCCAACUGCCAAGCACAGUUGUCUCGUUGUGUGUCUAACUUAUUUGAUUGAUGGAUGUUUGGUUUUGCUCAUGUUUGAACCAGGUUUGUGACAUUAUUGAGUGUCCCUUUUGGGCCACCGUAUUAUGGGAGACAGCCUAGUUCUGGUUGGUUGCCAUACGUUCCUCUUCCUUUGACAUUUGUUUUCUUAUCUUUGCAUCCUUAUUUAUUUGAAGUAACUCUCCACCCCCCCCCCCUCUCUCAAAAAUAGCAAGUGUGCCCACAUCCUGUUUGUUGCGAUGGAGGAGAACAGGGAGAGCUGGAUGAAGGUGCAGGUGGUGGGUCUGUAUAUAAAUGCUGUGGCAGCAUUACUGUGUGUUUCUGCCUGGUGUUGCAUUGCAGAUUGUGUAAAACUUGUAUUAUCCAGAGGACGUUGACCAUAGGAGCUUGCAAGAUGACAAGAUGGCUACUCUUUUACCCCUUCAGUUUCCCAGCUUGUAGUCUGGAAGAGGGGGAUUGGAAAGAAGAUUAAGAAUUCUAUGUGGGACUGAGAUUGGUUUCAAGUAACCUGUUGUUGGAGUGGUGCAAGAGCGGGCUCAGUCAGGCAUGCCCUUUCCCACGGUUGGGCCAUCGAGAGGGAAGAACCUGUAUUCCAACUUUUACCUGUCUACACCUGUCUCGCUUUUCAUUUCUCCCUUUCCUCUCGCUUUCUCACACAUAUUACACCUUCCGUCACACACCCUCACUUUCCUACACAGUCCCCGACAUGUUGUCCAAAGGACGAGAAAGAAAGGGUUGUCUUUUGUCUAUGCGGGUAGCUCCCAGACAGACAUGCUGGUGUACUGUUGCCUGUCUGUUUUCUAUUCAACUCUAUUGUCAGUGAGGCAUCCAUAGCAGACAGGUGGGUUGCAGACUUGCCAAAUGGGGUAUUUCUGUAGUGCGUGUGUAUCUCCAUGAAGUUAAUCUUUGUCACCAUCGCCCUCCUUAAGUCAAUGCUUAAACUAAUCUUCUGUGCCCAAGCAUUGCUCCUACCUAUCUAGUUCCCUGUAGCCUCUGAUAGGCUAGGUGGAAGUAUCGCCAUAUUGCUUCAUGGGCUACUCUUACCCAAUCCUCUCAGAUCCUAAUAAGAAGUGCAUAGGGGGCUAAGGUAUGAUUGGGGCGCAGGCUUCUAGGCUUUCCUAUUGUUGAAAGACUAAUCGCACCCUGCAAAGUCAAUGCUGCCACCCUCCCUAGUAUUGCUGUCUGACUCUGCAGCAGUGAUAGGAGGGUGAAAUGAACAAAUAUGCGUCUGUGCCAAAAAAAGUAGGAAGUAGCUUUGUCAAACACUAGUGUUUUGCCUUUGUGCUCCCCCUAGUGGAAAGUAGCAGGGUUUCUACAGAAUGCCUGCCUGCACAGUAAAGUCACAUCCAUAGCCGGAGGGCCUAAUAAUAGAAAGGCGUCAUCAUAAUUAAUAACAAUUGUAUUUAUCAUUUUUCCUAGUGGCUUUGUGAUCUGCAUGGCUUUAAGUUGCUAUAUUUGUUAUAUAUGCACAUUUAACCAGGGAUGUUUUCACUUCACACCGUGAUUUCAAUUUUACUACAAUGUUUGAACAGAACAAAUGGAGAAGAGCAGUUAGUUUGAUUAAGCUACAUUUGAUUUUUCCCUUUUUUGUACCAGAAUGUAUUUUUGAAAGCUUUUCAUGUUGUUUUUUUUUUUUUACACUAAAGUGAAUUUGUUGGGAUUGACUCAAUGGCUAUAUAAGGCAUAUGGAUCUAUCCAGUCUACAGUUCAUGUAAGUUGAACACUACAAUAAGUCAUUUGACUCUGUUCCCUUCUAAAAUGUACAAAUACAUUUUUACAAUUACA